CUUUAUCAAGCAAAAAGUACCAUAUCACACAAUAAAAAAAAACAAAGGGGAAAAAGUUAGAAAAGCAAAAAUGAAGGUUGUUGAGGUUCUUCACAUGAAUGGAGGAAAUGGAGACAUUAGCUAUGCAAACAAUUCUUUGGUUCAGGGAUUGAUAGAAGAACAAAAAUUGGAUGCCUUCAACAUUCCUCAAUAUACACCAUCACCAGCAGAAGUGAAGUAUAUAGUUGAGAAAGAAAAUUCAUUCACCAUUAAUAGAUUGGAAGCUACAAGAGUUCAUUGGAAUGCUUCUAAUGAUCAUAUUAAUGGUGGUUAUAAUGUGUCAAGGUGCAUGAGAGCUGUGGCUGAACCUUUACUUGUUAGCCAAUUUGGUACAAAAUUGAUGGAUUUAGUGUUCCAAAAACAUGAAGAAAUUGUUUCCUAUUGCAUGGCUAAAGAGAAAACUGAGUUUAUAAAUGUCACUGUCUCAUUUGACCAAGAAAAAAUAAGACCACUUAAUGUCGAAGGCGGACUCAGAAUAUGAAAUCGCUGAGUUUAAAUCUUGGAUUCGCAUGUCAAUCAAUUUCAUUCUUUUUUUUUUUUUGAUUUUCUUUUUUGCACUUCAAAUGUGUGUGAUGGAGAUGCUAAUUUAUGUAGUUAAUUAAUCGUCUAGUGCAUUAAGUGUUGUCUUAGAUAUGUUUAUCUAAGAUAUCAUAUGUACCAAUAAUGGAGUAUCUAGUGUCUUUGUUAUUCAUCAAUAAUUGAAAAAAUGGUUGUUGUGUUGUUUUUAUUA